AUGUGCGGAACUUUAGACUAUUUAGCACCAGAAAUGGUGGAGAAUAAGGCUCAUGACUAUGCAGUUGAUAAUUGGACUUUAGGCGUUCUUUGCUAUGAGUUUUUGUAUGGAGGCCCUCCAUUUGAGGCUGAAAGCCAGAAGGAUACAUUCAGAAGGAUUAUGAAGGUCGACCUAAACUUCCCUUCCACCCCGCACGUUUCUGCUGAUGCUAAAAAUCUCAUUAGACAGCUUCUUGUAAAGGACUCGGCAAAAAGGAUAUCUCUUCUGGAGAUCAUGAAACAUCCUUGGAUAGUUAAGAAUGCUGAUCCCAUGUGA